AUGCCCAAUAAGUAUCCUGAGAUCCAGGGAGGAGGCUCCUUGAUCCUAGCAUGGCAGAUCAGGAACAAGCAAGUCCUAGUCAUUGGCGGCGGUGAGGUUGCCGCUGGACGCAUUGUCAACCUCCUCAAUGCGGAUGCGAAAGUGACCGUUGUAUGCCCACGCGCUGGACUCAACGAAGAGGUGGCAUACAGGGUCGAACGCGGCCAGGUUAACCACAUCGAUCGAAUCUUUUUGCCCCUCGAUCUCGAACCAAACAAGAACGUCGCAAUGGUCUUGACAGCUAUUGAUGACCCUGAAGCAUCAACACGCAUAUGGAAGUAUUGCAAGGAACUCAGAGUCCCUGCCAACAUAGCCGAUGUGCCCCCAGAGUGUGACUUCUACUUUGGCAGCGUCCAUCGUGAUGGGCCCUUGCAGAUUAUGGUGUCCACCAAUGGCAAUGGACCUAGAAUGGCUGCAGCCAUCCGCCGACAAAUAGGCCAGAUGCUCCCGGUAGGCACCGGAGACAGCAUUAAAAAGGUUGGCGAACUUCGACGGAAACUCCGCAGAGUUGCCCCGGGGAAGAGCACACGUGACAUCAACAAGAGGAUGGGUUGGAUGAGUGAGGUAUGUGAUAAGUGGAAUGCCGAUGAUUUCAAUGCAAUGGAUGAGGCAGACAUGCAAGCAUUAGUGGAGUACUAUGACACUGGCAAGGUUCCCAGUUUUGAGGACAUUCGAAUCAAGCCCCGGGAAGAUGUGGUAUGGGAAUUUGAUGGAUCUUUUGGAUGGGUGUAA